AAACCGGUAGUGCUAUUGAAGAUACGUUGAAGUCGAAAACGAACCAACUCGUUAAUAAAAUGGAUAAUAGUACUUGUAGUAGCGAACAAGAAGAUGCUGCCAACCGAUGUCGGUGGUUUCGCAUCAAUUGGAAAUGGUGCAAAAUGGGCAGCUAUCAUCUUGGAAUAAAUAUCCGCUUAAAUCCAGUGGUGUCGCUUGUUUCUGCUCAGAUUAUUUGGGUCUUUGUCGCUUGGUGCAUAAUGAAACCGGAGAUAGCGAAUUCCACGAUGGCCGAGUGGAAAACAUGGAUCACCGCUACCUUUACCUGGAUGUACAUUGGUACCCAAGAUGCCUGGGCUGUAUUUAUAAUCGUUCUGUACUUCUCCAAAUACGGCAACAUGAAACUGGGAAAACCGGAUGAAAAACCUGAAUUCAAAGACGCGACUUACUUCACCAUGCUGUUUGCCGCUGGCAUAGGGAUCGGUUUAUUCUACUUCGGAGUGGCUGAACCAGUAUGGCACUACGCACCUGGUCCCUAUGGAAACCGCUACUGGAAGAGGUACACUGACAAUCAACGCGCUCAAGACUCCAUCAACUUAACUUUAUUCCACUGGGGAAUUCACGGAUGGAUUGUGUACGUUGUAGUUGGCCUUCUCCUUGCCUUUGUAGGAUACAGACAAGGGCUUCCCAUGACAAUGCGCUCCUGCAUGUACCCCCUCAUAGGUGACAAGAUUUAUGGAUGGAUGGGCGACGCCAUCGACAUAAUAUCAGUGGUUUGUACCAUGUUCGGCGUUUGUACGAGCUUGGGACUGGGUGUUAUGCAGCUCAAUGCCGGUGUCCAUCGCCUAAAAAGUUCAGUAGAGUUCAGCACCUUGAAUCAAAUUAUCAUUAUCUGGUGCGUAACGGCCUGUGCUACCGUCUCGGUCAUCACUGGACUAAAAAUGGGCAUCCGACGCCUAAGCGAGACUUGUUUUGCCUUAGGCGUGUUCAUUAUGAUGCUCGUGUUCUUCUUUGACGAUCCCUGCCACACACUGAACUUGCUCGUCCAGAGCACUGGUUAUUACAUGCAAACUAUUGUCCAACUUGGCUUCCACACCGACGCCUUCGCUCAACUUGGAAAUGCACAUGAUGGCAAGGAAAAACCUGGAUGGAUGGACUCAUGGACCAUUUUCUACUGGGGAUGGUGGAUUGCUUGGUCACCCUUCGUUGGCAUGUUCAUCGCAAAGAUAUCCAGAGGAAGAACCAUUAGACAGUUCAUCAACGCAACACUCACCGCACCAGUGGCCUUCUCAAUCUUAUGGUUCAGCGUUUUUGGAGGAGCAGGACUUAAAAUGGAAAGAGAUGCUACUCUGGCCAAUAUAACAUGUGACUUACCUAAGGGCGGAAAAAACGCUACCGAGUCUCUGAACGGUUUAUUCCGCCUGUCCUGUCGUGAUAAGAAUGACAUGUGGUUCGAUGUAAUGAGCCAAUAUGGAGACAUGGGAAGUUUUCUUUCCGUGCUCUCCUUGAUCGGCAUUGUCCUUUACUUCGUCACAAGCUCUGACAGUGGUUCACUUGUUAUAGACUGCCUGUCAGCCAAUGGCGACCCAAAGCCACCAGUCCUACAACGAGUCUUUUGGGCUCUAACAGAAGGUGCUACAGCCACUGCUCUUCUUUACGUCGGAGGUGGCGAAGCACUGAAUGCCUUGCAAACAGUUUCUAUCGCGUCUGGAGUGCCAUACACAAUCAUGCUCUGCUUUAUGUGCGUGGCACUAUGGCGGGCCGUCAAAGUAGAGGCUGGAGACCUGGAUCCUAACGGUCCACAAUUCACCACUGGACUUCUGGAUGUUUUAAGUACCCCAACCGUCGAGAGCGUAUGUAAAGUAAUAAUCAGCAUCUUUGCUCCCUGGUACUCCAUGGGAACUGCAGCUGGAAUGGUAGAGAAACCACUUGGUAGAAUGUGGACCCAUAUGCUGAUCAUGGCGCUACCGUUCUACGCUUGUAUUUCCAUGCUGGUUCUGGAACGCCUCUGCGUUUUUUCAGGGAUCUGCUACGUUGGAUAUACUCUGCUUUUUGGUUUCUUCGCCUAUGCUACUGGGGUACGCAACUCGAUCCGCGAGAAAUACGAAAUCAACGGAAACAUAGCCGAAGACUUCUUCGCAGUCAUGGUGUUAUACCCAUUUGCUGCUUACCAGAUGGAACACCACAUGAAAAACCAUAAGCCGACGAAUCAUAUCCAAAAUGGACACUGUCUACCUGAGUCAUGUCGUAUACCUCUCGGAGAGAUGGAAAAACUAAUGUAUCCAGAUGCUAGAAAAACGGACGUAUAAUGUUUUUAACUCUUACUAUAGAUAUCA